AUGGCAGAUUAUAAAUCAGCGAAAGAAGCCUUCGUAUCUGAUAAUCCAGGUUCAUCGAUAUUCACCAUAAUAUCAAUCAGUUCCGUAGCUUGGACAUCUUAUGCUUUAUACGCUACGCUUUAUCCACGUGUACGACGACGACCUUCAUUCCUAUUCGACUAUUUCACUUCAUCCCUUCCUUUAGUAUUAGGUAUAACGAUAUUCUCAAACUCACCAAUAUCAUUCAAUAUCACACUUGUAUCACUCGCAUUAUUCGUAUAUCUGACUACACCCAUUACACGUCGUAUCAAACAUGUCUCUCUGAUUAAGAAGGAUAAAUCAAAAGGAUCUUGGUUAGAAGAAUCGGAUUCAGAUGAAGAAAUAGCUGAACCAACUUAUACAUCUUCCACUUCCACUUCCACCAUCAAUCCUAAAACAUCAAAUCAAAGUACUCCAAUCAAAAUCACUUCGUUACCUUCACAAAUACCCUUAACAUCUACAUCUUCAUCUUCAUCUACAUCAGUAUAUUCACAUUCAAAUUCACUCUCACGUUCAGGUUCAACUUCAAACCCCAAUUCAAUCGCUUCAUCACCUAUAUCACCUUCAUCGAGUGGUUCAGCUGUCAAUUCGCCUUUGAAAUUAUCAGUCGAUGAUCCAUUCAAAACCAUUAAAACUACAAGUGGACCUUCGAAAAGAAGGUUAAGUCCACAACCAAGUCCAGAUAAUGUUACAGUGAAUAUACUACCCACACCACCUUUUAAUGAGACUGAUCAGUUGGUCUCGCCCAUCUCAAAUUAUCCUUCGCCAAUCAGACGGAAUCCACCUACACCAUUAUGGACAGGAAAUGAAAGGAGUAUAGAAAAUGGAGAGGAAGGGGGUAAACGAAAAUUACCCUUCCUCAGUGUUUAUAGAGCACACAUGAUGAUUAUGACUAUUCAUUGUAUCCUAGCAGUUGAUUUCAAAGUCUUUCCUAGAUGGUUGGGUAAAUGUGAAAAUUUCGGUACUAGCUUGAUGGACGUAGGAGUAGGAUCAUUUGUAUUUUCAUUAGGAUUAAUAUCAUUUAAAUCAUUAUCAUCCUCUUUUACACAAUAUCAACAACAACGACAACGACAACAUCACAAUCAUAGUCGGUCAGAUUCCAAUGGAUUAACACCUACAUCUCCCUCGAUUCCACUCAUAAAGAAGACCGAUAAUAACAUAUCAGUAGAAAUACUGAAAGCGUUGAAGAAAUCUACGCCAACAUUGAUAUUGGGUUUUAUCAGAUUAUUAAUGGUUAAAGGAGUCGAAUAUCCAGAACAUGUAACUGAAUAUGGAGUACAUUGGAAUUUCUUUUUCACUAUUGGACUAUUACCUGUCUUUGGUGUUAUCAUUUCUCCAUUGAGGAAAUGGGUAAGAUGGAGUGUUUUAGCUAUCUCACUGUCUCUAGUCCACCAAAUCAUCUUGUCCUAUUGUGGUCUUGAAUCGUUCCUUCUGUCUGCUUCCAGACCAGGGUUAUUGGGGUUAAACAAAGAAGGUAUAUCUUCAUUACCUGGAUACAUUUCGAUAUACCUUCUUGGUCUAGCUACAGGAGAGCAUAUCUCGCGAUUAUCUUCUCCUCUUCCGCCUAGAGAAAUCACAGGAGGAGUAACUGAAUCACCGGAAGAUCAUAUCAAAAGACAUUAUGAAAAACGUCGCACUGAAUUGAUAUUGGAAUUGUUUGGAUAUACAAUUGCUUGGUGGACCGCUUUGGGAAUUGGGUUAUACUUCAAUCUAGGACAAGUAUCAAGGCGAUUUGCAAAUACACCAUAUGUCUUAUUCAUAGCAUCAUACAACACGUUAUUCCUAUUAGGUUAUUUAUUACUCGAGUCUGCUUUCCCCCAAAUCCCGACUCCGCUAUUGUUAGAAUCUAUAAACAAAAAUGGAUUGAUCGUUUUCUUGAUAGCUAAUUUAGGAACUGGAUUAGUCAACGUAUCAAUGGAAACUAUGUAUGUCAAUACAUAUUUAUCGAUGUCAGUUUUGAUUUUAUAUAGUAUUGGUGUAUGUGGAAUUGCUUGGAUCCCAAGAGGGAAGAGGAUUGGUAUUUGA